GAGAAUCGGGCGUGAAUUGAAAGGCAGAGUCAUUUAAGAGCUCAGAUUUCAGCUUCGCGUAUACUCCUGCAAACUCUGACCUUGGAUCCGCCGCAGUACCAUUCUGACUCGCCAACCGGGGAAGCUUCUCCGACUCCGACCAGUGAACUCCAAAGGAAGAGAAGGUGCAUGCAUUCAGUUCUUUCUUCAACUGAGCAAAGCUUAUUCUCUUCCUUUGGAGUUCACUGGUCGGAGUUGGAGAAGCUUCCCCGGUUGGUCUGUGAAAUGGCGAGUCAGAAUGGUACUGCGGCGGAUCCAAGGUCAGAGUUUGUAGGAGUAUACGCGAAGCUGAAAUCUGAGCUCUUAAAUGACUCUGCCUUUGAAUUCACGCCCGAUUCUCGCCAAUGGGUCCAACGGAUGCUGGAAUACAAUGUGCCUGGAGGGAAGUUAAACCGAGGCCUCAGUGUCAUUGAUAGCUACAAACUGCUAAAAGAAGGGAAAGAACUAGCUGAAAAUGAAAUAUUUCUUGCAAGUGUACUUGGCUGGUGUAUUGAAUGGCUUCAAGCAUAUUUUCUUAUCCUUGAUGAUAUUAUGGACAACUCUCACACUCGCCGUGGUCAGCCCUGUUGGUUUAGGGUUCCUAAGGUUGGUAUUAUUGCCAUCAAUGAUGGAAUCCUACUUCGCAACCAUAUUCCCAGAAUCCUCAAGAACCACUUCAAAGAUAAGCCUUACUAUGUUGAUCUGUUGGAUUUGUUUAAUGAGGUUGAGUUCCAAACUACUUGCGGACAGAUGAUUGAUUUAAUUACUACUAUCGAAGGAGAAAAAGAUCUAUCGAAAUAUUCGCUACUGCUUCACCAGCGGAUUGUUCAAUACAAGACUGCCUAUUACUCGUUCUAUCUUCCUGUUGCGUGUGCACUGCUCAUGGUGGGCGAGAAGUUGGAAAAUCAUGUAGAUGUUAAAAGCAUCCUUAUUGAUAUGGGCAUCUACUUCCAAGUACAGGAUGAUUAUCUGGAUUGCUUUGGUGACCCGGAAAAGAUUGGCAAGAUUGGAACAGAUAUUGAAGAUUUCAAGUGCUCUUGGCUGGUUGCAAAAGCAUUAGAGCAUUGCGACGAAGAACAAAAGAAAAUGCUAUAUGAACACUAUGGAAAACAAGAUCCUGCUAGUGUUGCGCAAGUUAAAGCCAUCUACAACGAACUCAAUCUUCAGGGUAUUUUCAAUGAGUAUGAAAGCAAGAUUUACGAGAAGCUUAAAAGUUCCAUUGAAGCUCAUCCAAGCAAGGCGAUGCAGGCAGUACUCAAGUCCUUCUUGGGUAAGAUAUAUAAAAGGCUGAAAUAAGACAGAUAAUCAAGAAUUGGGUAGCUAGGAGGGAUGAUGUGAGUAUAGGGAAGUAUUUGUGGAAAUCUGUAUUGGGCAUACCAAUCUGUUUGCUGUCUAUUUUUUCUUCAGAAACUUUGUAUAUCUGUUCUCAGCAGACUUAUUGAGCUUCUAGCAUGAAUAAUAUUCAGCUAGUUAAGUUCAUAAGCUGAGGACUGAUUUAAAACAAUUUAUCUUGUAACUUAAUCUUUAUGUUUGAUGGUUGAUGGACAGGU